UAUGUUUAUACCAUAAUCUUAGGUUCUGAGACAGUGUAACUUUAUGAACUGAUAUUGGCAUAAUAUUGAGACUAGUCUUUCAAAGAUUUAUUUACAACACAUCACGCAUCUCAGUCAGUUAAGCUGCCACAUUUUUAGUUAUGGGUAAAAUAAUACGAAUCUGAAAGGUUACAUCAUAAAUAUUUCCCUAUCAAGGAUUUCCAGAAGAGCUGAUUUCCAAAUCCGAACUACUAGUUAAUUUUUUAAGUGUGCCAAGCUUUCACCCAGAAUUAUCUCCAAUGUUCAACACGAGCUACAAACUGCUUCAUGUCCGAAUUCUUUUCAAAGAUGCGAGUCGAAGUUAUGGGACUUCUUCAGGGAUUUCAGUACCUACAUUGACAAACUAUAAACCUGUUGAGAAGUUAAUGUUUAUAAAGCAUUUAGCAUUGGUUUGAUUGCACAUAUGCAUGUAACAGUAAUCAGUAUGUAUGCAGAUAGAUAUUUAUUUAUUGCUGAAUAUUAGAUCAAUGAACAGUCAAUUUCACGACACAUGCACGUGCUACAUUAUGAAUCACUGUGUAUUUCGCCUACCUAAUUGUGUGAACAUGUAAAGUGUCUUUUUAGCUAUUUUGCUAUAUAGAUAGACAUAACAUUAUAUUAUACUUCGGCGUUGAAGUUUAGCUAAUGAUACUAACUAACUAAUAUGUGCACAUUAGUGCACAAACCUCGAAAAAUUAUCUCCUUGUUCCCUAUUCGUAUGAAAACAAAGGCAGCAGUAGCAGUGCGCUACUUGAUUAUCUACGAGACGACCUAUCUUAAUAAUAUCAAUACCAUAACGUUUAUUUCGUUAAAAAAGUCCCCUUCACCAACUCUAACCUGUAAGCCGACGUAUGAUAAUUAUCACUUCGUGUUAUGCAACCUAUAAAAGAGGAUUCUACAGGUCUAGAUUUUUCCAAUUUAAACUAUUGUCAGUCAAGUAAAUAAUUUUAACUUUCCGCAUUACUUCCAAUUAGUUGUAGGUCAAGGUCAUGUAGUACUAUUUAUCGUCAUACUGACAUGAUUAAUCACAGGCACGCUAUGAACAGGCGGUCAGGUGAUUGAAUUAUCAGUCUUUAAAAAGUUGAAGCUCUUUUUUCCACUACUCAGGAUUGGUUGAGUUCAAUUUAAUAUCGUGUGAUAAGUUACAUACGUCAUUUCUUGAUACUGUCGUCGUAACUAAAUCUUUGCAUGAAAACAGAGAACAAACAUGUUUGGUGGUCUAUGUUUUUAUGUCAACUAGUUGUUUAGGAGCAGGCCAUAACUAACAAGCAGAUGAUUCGACACUUUAUAGAAUUUAAAUUUACAAACUGUACAUUUCAGACUGAAACGUCUCUUGAGUAGUUUAUUUUCAGAACUGAAACUCAGUGCGACAUUUAAUCAUAGCAUUUCCUUGUAUAAUAAGUUUUGUGCUUUUUUCUGUUGGUCGUGUGUAUUUUUGUGCUGUGCUCGCAUUCAAGGGAGGCAAUAAUUUUUAACGCCACGGUUAUGGUUCGCGUUUGCUGUAAUGAACAAAGGGCUGAAUGGGAUGUCAAAAUAUGGGAAAAGGUGCAGCUGCCCUCAUUCCGACUCGGACACAAGCCGUCCUACCCCAAGAAAGUCCGCAUAGUGGAAGUCGGUCCUCGGGAUGGGCUACAGAACGAGAAGGUCCUCGUCCCUGCCGCCGACAAGGUCGAGUUCAUCAACAGACUCUCCCAGACCGGUCUCCAAACGAUCGAAGUUACCAGCUUCGUCUCACCAAAGUGGGUUCCACAAAUGGGAGACCACAACGAAGUUUUCACUGGAAUUGAAAAGAAAACUGGAGUGAGUUAUCCGGUCUUGGUUCCUAACGUGAAAGGCCUUCAUUCCGCGUUAAAAGUUGGAGCAAAAGAAGUUGCAAUUUUUGGGGCUGCAUCAGAGACUUUUAGCAAGAAGAAUAUUAACUGCACUAUUUCAGAGUCAUUACAACGUUUUAGUGAGGUUGUAAAUGAGGCUAAGAAGGAAAAUCUAAAGGUUCGAGGCUAUGUUUCCUGUGUAUGUGGAUGUCCUUAUGAAGGUGCAAUCGCGCCUAACGCUGUUGCUAAAUUGGCCAAAGAAAUGUACGACAUGGGCUGCUAUGAAAUAUCGCUGGGCGACACAAUUGGGGUGGGAACUCCAGGAACAAUGCGGGCCGUUUUGGAAGAAGUACUAAAAGUUUUACCUGUGGAAGUCGUGGCCGUCCACUGCCAUGACACAUAUGGACAAGCACUGGUCAAUAUCAUUACUGCAUUAGAGAUGGGUGUUAGCGUGGUGGACUCGUCCGUCGCAGGUCUCGGGGGGUGUCCUUAUGCCAAGGGUGCAAGUGGAAACGUAGCCACUGAGGAUGUUGUUUACAUGCUGCAAGGGAUGCAGAUCGACACGGGCGUUGACUUUCAGAAGUUACUAUCCGCGUCCGAAUUCAUAUGCACAGUGCUAAACAGACCAACAAAUUCCAAAGCAGGGCUGGCCCUAGCUGGAAGGAAAGGUUAACAAACUUCAAUGUCUAACCAAAAAUGAAUUGACUUUGAUUAAGAAUUUCUACACUGCGCUAAGAAUACCAUGACCGAGGAUCUGAUCUGAUUUUCA